AUGAAGAUCUCCAAAAUCAAGAUUUUAGAAAAGGAACUUUCCUUGGCUCACCUUAUAAGGACCAAAUUUCCAAUCGUUGAUUUUGUUACAGACACACUGUCAGUUUUAGAUCAAGCAAUUCGUAUUUUACAGUCAAUUAUUGAUAUAACUGUCGAAAAUAACAUGUUAAAAACGUGUCUUCAUACGAUGUCAUUAUUACAAUGCAUUAAACAAUUAUGCGAAUUAUUGGAUCUUUCAGAAGAGGAGUUGUCAAAGAUUUUCAAAAAUGUUAGCAGACUUUCCGAGCCUGAUGUAGAAAAGGAACGUUUCAUUUGUAAAGUCGUCAACAACAUUCCUAUGAUAGAUGUUGGUUGUCUUGUCAUAUUAAUCAUGAUAGUGGCUCGAUGGCUCCAAAUAAGGAGCGCACGUUAUUGGUUUCAUUGA